AUGGCAGACACCGCUCUCCCUUUCGUGAGAGAGCUUAAGCUUCUCGGGGUCACACUGGAUGAAAAACUGUCAUUUAAUAGGCAUGUACAGCUCACCAUCGACAAAGCCACGCGCAUAUUCAACAGACUCUGUCUCUUCUGUCGUCCCACUUGGGGAGCCCACCCCGAAAAUGUCAGAACUAUAUACCAGCACGUCGUCGAGCCUAUCAUCACGUAUGCUGCUGGUGUAUGGGGGCAAGCGGCUCUUAAGAAAGGUAUCAAGAGGAGACUGUUGAGAUCUACGCAUCUUCUGCGCAGUGAUUUGUCUCUUGAUCGUCCCACCCCGCCUCAUAAGUUACUCCACCCUGCUGUCAGAGUCUCCAUCACUUCGCUUCCUUAUUCAUCUCUCACCACUUCACAGUCAUCCCUCACCAUUUAUACAGAUGGAAGUAAGCUGGAGAAUUCUGACACCGGGGCCGCUUUCGUCGCAUAUUCGGAAAAUAAGCAAAUCGCUGUUAAGAAGUUCAAACUCCAUCGGUCCUGCUCGGUCUUUCAGGCCGAGCUUCUCGCCAUCCUCAAAGCCUGCACGUGGGCUAACUCGUUUCAUCCACAUUCACACAUCACCAUAAUAACCGACUCCCAAGCGGCCCUUGCCGCAUUGCGAGAUCGGAGCAACACGCACCCUCUGGUCUCACAAACUCACGCACAAAUCCAUUCGCGUACAUCCGGUUCGUUGAGCUUCGUAUGGGUCAAGGGACAUAUAGGCGUAGACGGGAACGAGGCGGCCGACUCCGCGGCGAAAUACGCUGCCGCCUCGCACUCCUCUUUAUCCUACGCUUCAUAUCCCAUGUCUUUUGUCAAGCAUAACAUCCGCGCUGAACAUAACCGCAUAUGGCAAGCAAGAUAUGAGAGCUCAUCUCAAGGUCGUCAUACGAUUUCUCUUCUCCCUAAAUUAACUGACAUCACCAGAUUUAGACAGCUAGUCAAAACUUCCUUUCAUAUUACCCAAAUAUUAACAGGACAUGGCUAUACAAAGCAAUACUUGCAUCGCUUCAAUAUAGCCGCUGACGACGCUUGUCCCUGUGAUGAUUCUACUACGCAGACUUUUGAACAUCUUCUAGAAUACUGCCCCAGAUUUAGCCCGAAGAGACUAAAUCAUGUCUUGCUUUGCAACAAUCUAAGAUUGCCCCCAUUUUUAACAUAUUAG